AUGGGCUUGGAUGCAAACAUUGUAUCUCCGUCUCAGCCGGAUGACCCUGACCCGUCCCAGCUGCUGCACUAUCUUCCGGAUUACGAGGUUGUCAUUUGCAGUACCUGCCGAUAUGCCGUCCAGCCACAUGGGAUCUUGCGUCAUCUGAAAGAGAUUCAUCGAAUCCUCCGUGGCCGCCGGCGGAAGUAUUCUCAUUACGUUGCCAGCUUGUGCCUUAGAGAGCCAAACGACGUCGUACCUCCCAGUGGUGCUGAUCAGUUUCCGGUCCCACACCUACCGGUCGAGCCCGGUCUUCGAUGCCAGGCAGCUGGCUGCAUGUAUCUAUGUGCUUCUAACAAGCGCAUGCAGUCCCACUGGAGGACUGUGCAUGGACGAAAAGGCGAUUGGACCACAGACUGGCGUCCGGUUCCCCUGCAGACUUUCUUCCGUGGCAAUCACCUACGGUAUUUCACUUCUGUGGGCGCAAAGUCGAAUAAUGAUUUGCCGUACUCUGUCUUCGUGCCACUCACACCAGAGCUAUUAGGAGAAAAGCUCCACGCAGGCCUGGACUCCAUGGAUUCUGCCCUUCUGGACCACUACCUUCAACACACAUACCAUAGUUUCGCCACCAACGAAGAAACAGAUAAGAUAUGGAGCUCGAUUGUCCCGGGGCUAGCACAUCAGAAUGUGUUCCUUCUGCAUGGCCUGCUAGCCUGCACAAGCUUGCACAGAGCACACAUGAGCUCUGGGCAUGCGGACCAGGAAAAGGCAUUUCUUCUAAGAGCCUACCACCAUCAGGGCAUUGCUCUCCCGCAGUUUCGGUACGCUAUCAAGCAUCCUACGGCGGACAAUUGCCAUGCCAUUCUGGACUCGUUGCUUCUGGUGGAUCGGAAUGAUGGCGAAGGCACCGAGCCUGAUAGCAUUCUUUGCAACUGGCUAUACUUUCUCCGCGCUGGUUGCUCUAUGCUGUGUGAGGUAUGGGAGCAGUUGAACGAGGGACCCGUCAGAGCACUUUCGGAGGCCUGGGACAUUGAUUUGGGUUACGACCCAGAACCCUCAUAUUUGACACUUCUCUUGUCAGUGAUCCCAAAUAAAGCAACCGCCACACAAAGCACUGGCGAUACAAAUGAGACGACUCUCGUUUGGCCUGAAGAUGUGACAGCCAUUUAUCAAGAGGCUGCCAUUGUUUUGUGCCGAUCAUUUGCGUACGUGCGUGCCCACCGCGGACUACUUACUACCUGGGACGUUCUCCGCAUAUGGCCCAUGGAAGUGUCGCUAGGAUACAUGGCUCUUCUCCACCAACGGCACCCUGGCGCACUUAUAUUGCUAGCGUACUAUUGUGUCCUGUUGAAGCAGAUGGAGAGACACUGGUACUUCGAAGGGCGCGCGGCAAUGCUAAUUCGCGCCAUUCAGAGACACUUGAAGCCGGAGUGGCAUAGUUGUAUCCGGGAGCCAUUGUAUAUGGUUGUAGGAGUACCUGAUGGUGGCCAUUUCCUUGAGAAGAUUUAG